AUGAAGACCACUUUCGUUGUUUCCGCCAUGCUUGCCAGCCUUGCUCUGGCCUCUCCCGCCCAGCCCCAGCCUACCCCUGCUUGCAAGGUUGACAACGACUGCAAGCCAAACGAGCAAUGCAACAAUGUCGGCCAGUGCAUCUCCAACAAGGCCACUCGCGAUGCUCCUUUAGCCAAUGUUGGGCAGGCCUGCCACUCCACUGGCGACUGUGUCAAGGGACUUGUCUGUGACCAGGACAAGAACACCUGCGAUGCUCCCAACACCCACAACAAGCGUGGUGACACCCUCUCCCAGAUGGGUCAGGACUGCAAGACCACCAAGGACUGUGUGAAGGGCUUCGUCUGUGACCAAGUCAAGCAGACUUGUGACGCUCCUAACCGCAAGCGUGACAACGCUCCUCAGCCCCAGCAGUGCAAGUCCACUGGUGACUGCGCCAAGGGUCAGGUUUGUGACGAAGACAAGAAUGUCUGUGUCGCCCCCAAUGGCAAGCGUGAUCGCCUCUCUUCUGAGCCUCAGCAGUGCAAGUCUACUGGUGACUGCGCCAAGGGUCAGGUCUGUGACCAGGACAAGAAUGUCUGUGUUGCUCCCAACGACAAGCGCUCUGAGGGCGAUGACCAGUGCCAGACAGACUCCGACUGCUCCAAGCAGGACACUUGCCAGGUUAUCAAGGGUAACAAGGUCUGCGCUGCUCCCCAGCCUAACCCCUCCAAGUAA